ACUCCACGAACGGUCCACGUUUUCUUUAAAACCCUAACCACUUCUACCCAUUUUCUCUGAAACGCUAACUUCUCUCUCUCUCUCAUCAAAAGAGCCUUGAAUUUCACCAUCGAUGGAUCCUCAACCCGAACCAGUGAGCUAUAUUUGUGGAGAUUGUGGGCAGGAAAACACUCUAAAGCCUGGUGAUGUGAUUCAAUGCCGAGAGUGUGGUUACCGCAUCUUGUACAAGAAGCGAACCCGUAGAAUCGUUCAGUACGAAGCACGCUGAAGAUGAUCCGAGUAAGGCCUCCCCCUACAAUAUGCAUAUGAGAAGGGUAAACAAAAAACAAGGCAUGCCAAAGACAAGGUGGUUGAUUUUGUCUAUAUUGCCGGAUAACGAGAAUGGAUGUAACUAAUAUUUCACUAUGGAUGUUGGACUAAAUCAUGAUUCAGUGGUUUUGUAUGCAUGAUUAUGUUGUGAGCACAGGGAAAGAUGAAUAUUAGAACAUGUUGUGGUUACUACUUGGUUGUGUUUGCAUCGAAGUUUGAUUUUCAUUUGAAAGAUAUAAAGGCCUUGUUUGGUUUGAUU